CUUUUUUUAAAUUUUUUAAUUUUUCUGCAAAAAUUUCUUUGCUCGUGUCUCGUGGUACCCUACUACCCGCUCUUAUGGCGUUAAAAAUGAUUGAAGUUCCUCGAGGAUAAACGGAAGCUGAAAAGGACUGGGAUUUUGCGAAACCACAAUUAGAGAGAGAACUCGACGUCCGUGAACAAUUUUGAUUUAUUCAUCCGUUUUCAUUUGUACUUCAUAGUUCAUCCAGUGUAUAUUCAGAAAAUUUACACUUUCUAAUUACGCUGGUUCAUCGUUAUUUUCACUAGUGACUACGUUUUCUCAUUUACACGUAAUCCAUGUGUGCUGCAAAGAUUGCUUGGAACUUUGGAUCUCUCUGAACUCUCGCGCUCUUUGGAUCACAAACUCUUCAGUUUUGAGUUAGAGUAAAGUUCGGCUUUGUGAAAAUUGUCACAAUUCUCAGAAGCGCCGUCCAAACGAUGGCUCGGAAUCCAGGUCGUUCAUCUGUGGUUGCGGCUCCGGAGACCAUCUUCUUUAAAGAUCCCUCAAAGGCUGCCUUGCAGAAUUUACAGAAAAUUAAAUCUGCAAAAAGGCCAAGGAAGAACGGGGACGAAGCUGACAAGAAGAAAUUAGUUGCGAAGCCUUUGAAACGGGCAGACUAUCAUGACAUGUUACGGUACAACAUCUCCGAAUCGAAAGGCAAAGAUAAAAGCGAUGCCCGCAGGAAACUAGCCAUAGCACUGGGUGCUAAACCCCCGAAACAAGCGCAGAAAAAUUUCAAAUUGUUCCUGGAGCAGCAGAAACUUGAUAAGGAAGAACAUCAGAAGAUUUUGGAUGAACAGCAUACGAUUCAGGCCGCCAUACAGAAAGCCAAGCCGAAAACCAACAGGAACAAGCGGAAAUUUAAACCUACCAAACGCGGAGAGCCUAAUAAACUGGAUGGUCAAAUAGGCCGGUACAAGCGCGGCAUACAGUUUAUUUCUUCGCGAGAUCUCAAGCCUCACGGUCUCAAAUCACGUGGUGUAAAGAGAUAAAAAUUCUCAAAAAUUACGAUCACAGUUCUGAGCGCGAGCCUGUGUUAACAUUAGAUUCCGAACCAGCAGAUUCAGGUGAAUUAUGUUGCACCGGGGAAUUGUCGUCUUCCGCUGUACGUUUGGGUCGCAUGUCGAACGGCCAACUGGCUUGCUCCGUUGAGUGCUGUUUCGCCACUUCUAACUCGUCUAAAAUUUAAGGAAGUAAUAAAAGUUUAUAAAAA